AUGGCUCGAACGAAAUCGAAAGAAGCAAAGAAGAACGAGAAUCGUAGGCUGGUUAAUAGCUCUGAGUUUCCUUAUUGUUAUUGCCGCCGUCGUCCUGGUCGUGUUAUGGUUUUUGAAUGUCGGUCCGUUCAAAAACUAGCCAGCUCGAUCAAUUCGAUCUGGAUUCAGGAUGCCUUCCGAGCACAGAUUCUCACACCAGCGGCCGCCUUACAAAUCGAAUAUUCUGUUCUCCAAGUGAACAAAUCCACGACUGAAGGUUUCAUGGGAAUUGUAUUGUUUUUUCCAAAUCAACAAAGGUUCGCUCAACAUGAAUAUACUGCACGCAUCAUAUUGAACACUCUUGCGUGUUGA